UACUGGGUGAAUUAAUACACAUGUUCACACCGAGGCUUGGCUGCCACUAGGUUAGUUCUUUUUAAGACAUUAGACGUGGUUUGCCAGUGGACAUAAAUUGUAACAAGGAAACAAAAGAUGUCAUCUAAAGGAAGAUUUGAUUCUAGAGAUAGGCGAACAGGUGAUGCUGGAUCAAAGUAUGGAGGUCCACGUGAUGGCUUCAAAGGCAGAGGAGGAGGAUCAGGUGGUGGAUCCUUUCGUAAUUCCAUGAAAGGAAGUCAGCCUGGUGCAGGACUACGAAAACCUAAAUGGGAUAUGUCUGCUCUGCCCAAGUUUGAAAAAAACUUUUACAAGGAACAUCCAGCUGUAGCUAAUAGAUCACCUAUUGAAAUUCAACAAUUUCAUAGAGAUAAGCAGAUAACAAUUUGUGGUCAAGAUAUUCCUAAUCCUAUUUUUACUUUUGAAGAGGGCAAUUUUCCAGACUAUGUUAUGAAUCAGAUCAGAAGAAAUAGCUGGCAGGCACCUACAUCUAUUCAAAGCCAAGCUUGGCCAAUUGCUCUUUCUGGUAGAAAUCUGGUUGGGAUUGCUCAGACUGGAUCAGGCAAAACAUUAGGGUUUAUGCUCCCAGCAAUUGUUCAUGUCAAUCAUCAGCCAUACUUAGAGCACGGAGAUGGGCCCAUUGUUUUGGUACUUGUACCAACAAGAGAGUUGGCUCAACAAGUGCUUGAUGUAUCCAAUGAGUUUGGACGGUCAUCACAGUUACGUUCUGCUUGUGUUUAUGGAGGAGCACCUAAAGGCCCCCAACUUAGAGAUCUUGAAAGAGGAGCUGAAAUUUGCAUAGCAACGCCUGGGCGACUGAUAGACUUUUUAGAAGCAGGAAAAACAAAUCUGAGACGUACUACCUAUUUGGUUUUGGAUGAGGCUGAUAGAAUGUUAGAUAUGGGAUUUGAGCCUCAAAUUAGAAAAAUUCUUGAGCAGAUCAGGCCUGAUCGCCAAACUUUGAUGUGGAGUGCUACGUGGCCCAAGGAAGUUCGCCGGCUUGCAGAGGAAUUUUUGAACGACUACAUCCAGGUGAACAUUGGUGCCCUGCAACUCACAGCUAACCACAAUAUUUUACAAAUUGUUGAUGUUUGCAUGGAACAUGAAAAAGAAGAGAAGCUAGUUAAACUUCUGAAUGAGAUAAUGCAGGAGAAAGAAAAUAAAACAUUGAUAUUUGUGGAGACAAAACGUAAAGCAGAUGAUAUAUCCAGGAGGAUGAAAAAAGAUGGAUGGCCAGUGAUAAGUAUACAUGGUGACAAGUCCCAACAAGAAAGAGACUGGGCAUUAAAUGACUUUAGAAAUGGUAGAAAUCCCAUUUUGAUAGCAACUGAUGUAGCUUCUCGAGGAUUAGAUGUGGAGGAUAUCAAAUUUGUUAUCAACUUUGAUUACCCUAAUUGUUCUGAAGACUAUGUUCAUCGUAUUGGACGAACAGGGAGAUCAACAAAUACAGGAACAGCGUACACAUUUUUUACUCCAAACAACUCUAAACAAGCAUCAGAUCUGGUGAAUGUAUUGAGAGAAGCCAAACAGAUAAUUAAUCCUAAACUACAGCAGCUGGAAGACAGUUCUAAGAAUUUUAAAUCAGGCAGGAGCAGGUGGGGAGGUGGGCGUGGAGGUGGUAUAGGAGGAAAGUUUAACUCAGGCUCCAAAUUUAACAGUGGAGGAAACAAGUUCUCAAACAAUGGCAACUACAGUGGAGGGUUCAAGUCUCAGAACAAUUAUAGCUCUGGUGGAUACAAAUCUCAAGAUGGCUAUGGUGCUGGUGGAUACAAGCCUCAGAAUAUGAACAACAUGAAUGGAUACAGUGGAGGCAACACUGGAGCACAAAAUGUGGGUCAAAAGCCAUUUCAAAGUGGAGCAGUAAAUGGAUUUAAAAGUCAGUGGAAUCAAGGAGCUAAAGCUGCUCCAGGAUCAUUUACUAGUGUACCACCACCUCCUGUUGCCAAAUAUUAAGAUUUGUUCUCAUUUUUGUUAGCUAACUUAUUUUGAUCUAAUCACUGUACCAAAUUCCUGCCAUUGAAUCAUUUUAAAACUUAUAAAAGAUUACAUUAUCUGUGAUAGUUUCUAGUGAUGUAAUCUGAAUGCCAUCAUUUAAUUUUUUUUUAUUUUUUCAUAUAUCAGAAAUUGAAUUGAGCAUAUGUCAUAGGUAAAUCACUUAGUUAAAUAAGUUUCAAAUUUCAUUUAGAUAUUAAGAUGGCUUAUCUGUUGUAUAGAUGUUGUAAUAAAUGUUUUCAAAAAUUUUUA